AUGUCGGCAUGCGACGAAAUGACCGAAAUGACCACUUCCUUUUGGUUACGGUUAUCUCUUAUCGGAAAUCUAGUCAUCACCUUCAUCUCUUUCCCUGUUCUCUUGUCUGCUCUACAUUAUAUCAAUUCUCAACAGUUGUUUCAUCCAAACACUCGAAUACAGAUAAAAGUGCACAUCUUUGCGCUUAUCGUUCACUCCACUGGAAGAUUUGGUCUUCACUCAUUCGAUCUCGUCAACUAUUUCUCAAACACCGGAUGUGAUGCUCUUCCAGACUUCUAUCGAUGUCUUAUCGUCAGAGGUCUCUAUAACUUUGGAAUGGCUCUUGCUGCAAUGUGUUCCACAAGUCUUGUCAUCGAACGAUCUGUUGCCCUAUUCUACAACUCCACAUAUGAAAUGUGCGGGAAAAAAUUCGGAAUACUCCUUGGUCUUCUCCAACUAUUACUUGCUUUUGCUUUUCUUUUUAAACUCUACUUCGAUGCUUCCUUCACUCCAGUGCCCAAUGUAACACUCUAUUAUUGUCAGACUCUUGCUUCCGGUCAUGGAUCCGUCUGGACAAUUAAUGCUCCACUCUAUGUUGUUAUGGUUGGACAAUGUGUAUGUAGGUUGAUAUUCUGGUACCUUGGAGUGCUAACAAGAAGAAAGAGAAGCAAUCAGAAACUGCAAAGUCUGAGUACUCGAUACACUUUAGAGCAAGGGAUCCGUUCUAUCAAAGCACUGAAUAUGUUCAUCAAUGCCAAUUGCUUCGUGUUCUUCUUCCUCUCAUUCAUUGGAACAACAUUACAUUUCAAUUCUCAAAAUAUGAGAAGACCAACUUAUUUUGCAUUGGUCGAAGUCAUUCAUUUUGUUCCGACUUAUGGAAUUUUACUCUCCGUGUAUGCAUAUUACUCCCUGAAAAAGCUUGACACCAAGCAGAAGACGUCGCUAACUCGAAGUAUGCAGGUGGAUACCAGUCAUUAUCUCAUUGAAUUUAAGAAACAAAUCAGUUGA